AUGGCCGACUUGACAAACCCCAUCUUGGACGCCCUGUCCAACACCGACGCUCCCAUCCUCUCCAGCGAUGCCUUCCCCUCCACCCCCUCAUUAUCCGUCAAGAGUGCCCUCGACCGCCUCGCCUCGCGACAGAUGGUCGAGUAUGACACCAUUGAACGCGAAGUCGUUGGUCUCACCGGCGAGGGUGAGCAUAUCGUCACCAAUGGCAGUCACGAAGCUAAGGUUUUCGAGGCCGUCGCCGCUGCCAUGGACGGAUUGAAGAUUACUGAGCUGCCCGGCAUUGUGGGUAAAGAUAACGCCAAGAUUGGCCAGGGUAAUGCCUUCAAGCGUGGUUGGAUCAAGAAGGAUCAGGAUAAGCUGCGGACGAACACGGAAUCCAUUGUCGACGAAACCCGCGAAUUGCUCUUGACCGUGCAGAAGACGCAGACGCUGGACAACCAGAAGACCCUGGCGGAAUUGAAGAAGCGGAAGCUGGUCGCGCUGCAAAAGGUUAUCAACUUCAAGAUCUCCAAGGGUCCCAAGUACUCUCGCGAAUUCGUCAAGGAGGAGACCGAUCUGACGGCCGAGAUGUUGGUGAACGGCUCGUGGAAGACCGCCUCGUUCAAGCCCUACAACUUCAAGGCCAAGGGUGCCCCGACCCCCUCGGGAGCCUUCCACCCGCUCAAUAAGGUGCGCCAGGAAUUCCGCAACAUCUUCUUCGAAAUGGGCUUCGAGGAGAUGCCCACGAACCGCUACGUCGAGACGGGUUUCUGGAACUUCGACGCCCUCUUCGUGCCCCAGCAACACCCCGCCCGUGACCUGCAAGACACCUUCUACAUCUCCGACCCCGUGCAAGCAGACCCCCCUCGCGAGGAUCCCCUCAACGACCCGCACCGCCCCAAGUCCGCACAGCCCGUCUCGCGCGCCUACAAGGACAACGAGAAGCCCCUCGAUUACAAGGCCUACUGGGACAACGUGCGCGAAGUGCACCAGAACGGCAAAUACGGCUCCGUCGGCUACCGCUACCCCUGGAACGCCGAUGAAUCCCUGCGUCUCGUCCUCCGCACCCACACCACCUCCAUCUCGACCUACGUGCUGCACAAGCUGGCCGCGAACCCGCGCCCCGCGCGCUUCUUCAGUAUCGACCGUGUCUUCCGCAACGAGGCCGUCGAUGCAACCCACCUGGCGGAAUUCCACCAGAUCGAGGGUGUCAUUGCAGACUUUGGCCUGACGCUGGGCGGCCUGAUUGGUUUCAUGGAGGUCUUCUUCGCGAAGAUGGGUAUCCACCAGCUGCGCUUCAAGCCUGCGUACAACCCGUACACCGAGCCGAGCAUGGAGAUUUUCGGCUACCACCAGGGUCUCGGUAAGUGGGUUGAGAUUGGAAACAGUGGAAUGUUCAGACCGGAGAUGUUAGAACCGAUGGGGCUGCCCAAGGAUAUGCGGGUUUAUGGUUGGGGGUUGAGUUUGGAGAGACCUACUAUGAUUAAGUACGGCGUGAGCAACAUCCGAGAACUUCUUGGCCACAAGGUGGACCUGGGCUUCAUCGAGAGCAACCCUGCCGUUCGGUUGGAGAAGGAUUAA